AUGAGAGUGACCCCCCUGUGGAUAAUAAGCUUCCUUUUUGCCCUCGUGUUGGCGCAUGCCCUUGAAAAUGAAGUUAAACAAGAAAUCGCGCUUAUCCACAAGAGCGUUGUGAAGAAGGUGCCACUGAAAACGUGGCUGGACUUAGUGAAUAACUCCAUCAGUUUGAUAAUCGAAGCAAACAGUUUAAAAAAUAAAAAACUGCAAGAGCAAGAUUUAGUCAUUUGGAACAAUGGCAAGCGCAUGAAUGAGAAAUAUUUUAACUCAGAUCACUUCAGAAGGGGAAACAAAAAUGUAUAUGUCUUUUUGUCGGGCCAGAUGCCGGGAGCAAAUUGCUUCACCGCGGCAAACAUUUACAAUACCUUUGCUGACCAUGUUACCAAAUACACAGGUGUGAUAAAAAAAUAUUUUCACAUGGAGGACGACGCCAGUGGGGAAUGGACAUCCAUGAAGGAGCUCCUGCAACUUUUAAUGAAGUCGAAGGAGCUGAGGGACCUAGUGGCUGGCAUCAAAACGGACGAGCAUAUCGAGGCAGUGAGACAGAAAAUCCUGGAGCUCACACAGAAAAAUAAAAACUACCAAAUUUUCUUUGAUAUUCUGAGGGAACACAAAAUUGUUUACAACAUCCUCGAUAGUAAGGUCAAGUGGAGGACCUUCGUGAAGGAGAACCUCGGAAAUUUUAAGAAGCUCCUGGAGCCCUACUACGCCAAUGUGCGCGCGACCGACUUGUAA